AAAUGGAAAAGCUGACCUUAAGGCCAGGCUUCCUGGUGUGCACGGAUACGCGCAGAUACGCGUCAAGCGCAAUCCAAGCACGAAGCCACCGACUGCUAAUCGGCCGAAAUCCUGGAAACCAUGUAGUGCUGGCGGACGCUGCAGCAGAACCUCUGCACUGCAAGAUUUAUCGUAAAGGCAAAACGAUCAUGAUCCGCAACUAUUCGAAUGCCAAUCCCAUCCGUUUGAAUGGUUUCAAAAUGUACGGCGAAAAACCGCUCGCCGACUUUGACCUUAUCCACGUGUCGGUAUACCAGUUUACCUGGCAUUACUUUGUUCCUCCCUUGCAAAGGGUACGGUGGAUUCCAGCCGACGAUGAUGGCGAUCUUCCGCUGGAUCGCAUUAAAGCAUAUUUGACGUGUGAUGCGCAUGGCAUUGUUACGAUUGCAUAUUUCAGCAGUGGCCAAUUACCACCACCGUUCACGCUCGGCUAUGAGGAUUUGAUGAUGGACGAGGAGGCACUCGUUCGUCUGAUGACUGCCAAAAACCUCCGGCUCGAGGAAGAGCAGGAGAAGGAGCGGUACAGCUUGCUAAAGUACGCAGGAGAGCCCAACCGCCGCUUGUUGGCCAUUACUGGUCCCGCACACGAACGGAAACCCGAGGAUGUCAAAGAAGCAGACUCGGUGCCGACCAAUCGCGCGGAGUGCAAGCAGAAGUCGCUAGAAAAGGCGUCACUCGUCGAGAGCGUCGGGGAGUGCAACAAGGCGGAACCUGCUGAAGAAGCGGAUGGCCUACAGGUGGACGAGGAAGACCAGGCCAGAGAAAGAGAGGCAAUGUUUGACCACAUUGAUGUUCCCUGCGAAUUCGGGGACGUUUCAGAUGGUAUUGAAUUUUUAGAAGCUACCUACGAACUUGACGUCGACUACGCUGGCAGCGACGUGGAAAUGGAAGCAGAAAAGAAGGAGGAGAAGGAGGAUGACAGCCAUGGUUUUAACUGGGAAGACUAUGAGAUGGUUUAUUUAGAGCACGGUGGGAACCAUUACGAGCCGCCGAAGCCCAUCCAACCUAAGGAACUGUCCGAAGUCGAUUAUUCUGACGAGGAGCAACAGUGCGUCUUGCAGCAGGCAUACGACGCACUACCUCCGCCACCGAGCGCACAGCAAGCGACAGAUUACGUUCGCCUGCUGCUGUCAGCGUUAGAUCAGGAUUGCGCAAAUCAGGAGAAGUUAGAGCAGGACGAGAAGCAGGGACCCGAUAUCGAGCAGGUCUAUCUUUCAGAGACGGAUACAUGCACUCUUCCACCAAUGCUCGACUGGGAUCCACUCAAAUAGUAAGAGGAAUCCGCCAUGUAGAUUGUUGUUACUGAUGGGACAGGCCACGACUAGCCAAGGAGUAAGAUGUAUCGCGUAAUACGACAGUUAAUUUAUCAUACAGCUUCAUCCAUGUUAUCUUAGUAUCUAGAACCAUGUUCCCACUCUGUUUAGACUGUUUGUAAAUUGUUACAUCGUUAGAGAUUUUCCUGUAAUAAGCUCCGAAGAAUUUAAUCUCGUAUUAAAACAGGCGCCCUGCUUAGCUUCA